AUGUCGGCCGAUCUCCUGGCUGCGUUCGGUGAGCCGAACGACACUGUGCAACAAAUUCGGCCAUCUCAGAGGCCGUGUCCCGAGAAUGCUGGAGCUGAGCGCCUUUUGGACGUAGAUACCGAUACAGGAGGACCUUGGGGUUCCUGCUUAUCUACCUCUCAAGAAGCCCGCAUCUUAAGCAGGCGUGAUGGUGAACAGGUUUCUCGAUCUCAUACGCCCGUGCCAGGUCUAAAAUCAGCUCAGAUAGAACCAUUUCGCUCAGAUAAUUCUCUCUGGCGGGACGAAGGGGGCACGGAUGUGCUAUUUGAUGCAUCUACAGAAGAUGUUGCAAGCGAUGACGGUACGGAUGAUUGGGGGGAGUUUGAGUCAGCAAAGCCAUCUCUUGACAAUAAUAAUGUUGACAUCCUGGACUGGGAUAUUAGCAACAAGAAUGACUCAAAUGCCCCUUUCAAUAUCAUUAAAAGUACGACUACAAAAUUUCAACAGCAGACAUUGGUUGAUCGACCUGCCGAUGUUAAGGUCCAUAACCAGGGUGCAAUUGAUGAGGCGGCGGCGUCUGACAUGAAGUCCUGGGAUGCCGAGUGGACAAGUUUCGAACCGAGUGUCCGUAAUAUCACUGUCCCAUCGAAAUCAGACCCCUUAGAUGAUGAUGUUGACUGGGGAGAUUUCACAGAUGCGGCCUGGCCUGAAAAUACUGCUGCUACAACCUCUCUGGAACAAUCCAAGGCUCAGACUAACCUAGUCGAGGCCAUAAAACCAGAAUCAAAAAACCCAUUAUCUAUGCAGAGUCCCUUGAGUACCGUGCCGAUUCGCGCCACAAAAUCUAGCGGAUAUCAACAUCGGCCUAUGAAUAUCCCACCUCCAUCAAUCCUUCUUCCUCUAUUUCCUCUGUUACUAGAAGAAUAUUACCAAAGAACCGUCAAAACCAAACAGCUCGAAUCACAAGAUUCAAGUUUAGCCUCUUCCCUAGAGAGUGAUUUGAAAGUUAUGGCACGGGUUCUUGCCGGACGUACGCUUCGUUGGAAACGAGACUCGGUAUUAAGCCAGAGCACCAAAAUCGGGCCUGCGCGCUCAGGAAAGGUGGGAGGAAUGAAGCUGACCAGUGUGAACAAAAGCGAGAACAUCAAGGAAGAGAAAGAAGCCGUGGAGGUUUAUGCAGCAUGGCGGAAACGAAGCAGUCAUCUGAACUCUGUCAUUUUGGCAGCCGGUGGACGCGCAGUGCCUAUGUUACCAGACAAUGUUCAGGUGAGGACGGGCACGAUGGAGGAAGACGGCGCUUUGAAAGCGUCGCAUGCCUGUGGAUUGUGUGGGCUGAAGCGAGAUGAGAGGAUUCCCAAGAUUGAUGGGAUUGUAUAUGACAAUUUUGGGGAGUGGUGGAUUGAGCUUUGGGGGCAUACGGAAUGCAGGAACUUUUGGGAGGCGAAUUGCCGCAGGCUUGCUCAGCGGUGA